CAGAAGUUGCUCGCGUCCGUAGGAAACACCACCUUUUCCGAGGCCCACCCUACACGUGCCCCCUGGGUGGUGCCAAAUGAGCGACAACGCCGAACAACAGGCGGCGGUUAAAUAACCUGACCAUCUGGUGCACCAUAAACCAAGGAGGACUAAAUCCCUCCUAAAAGCAUGGCCAUGUCACCUUGGGAAAGCGACAUGUGUAAUCCUCCCACCCCCUCCACCCUCCCCCCCCACACCUCAAUAAUCCUCACUCCUCCCCAUCAACCCACUCCUCUCCAGUCUCCCACCCACCACACCCUACAUAGCCGAACCGUGGCGGCGCAUAACCACACCGGGCCCGCAAAGCCCUGGGGCACUAAAUACCCCCUAAAAGCUCGCACCACACUUUCACCAUGGGCAGGUGGCAGUGUGCGUUACUAUCUUCCGCCCGCACACCUUAUGAUGGCAGACUUUAAAAAUGUAUUGCCCCAGGAGGGUACCACCGAAGGUGGAGAAUCCCUCACCGGACCCAAUCCGGUCUGUCCCACGUACUCUGGGGGGGACAAAGAAUGCCACAAGCCAGGAUCUAGCCUGGAUUUAACAUGCCUAGCAGAGGCGAUCCCAUCCACCGCGCCGGUCGACACCCUGUCGCCCUGGAACGUGGUGAUGCACAAGCGGCCCAAGAAGGGCGAUAAGAAGAAGCAGCAGGAGCAGCAACAACAACAACAGCAACGACAGGGAAGCAAACCGGCUCGUGUUCGUCCUAGCAGGCGAGCGAGACAGAAAGCCCGCCAGUCGCUAAACUCACAAACACCCCACGUGGCGGAAACGCAGCGUGAGAAUCUGCCGUCCACCUCCAAGGUGUUGACCGAUUCGCAGGGCACCACGAAGCAAAAUCCUCCACCACCACCACCACCACCACCACCACCACCACCACCAUCAUCAUCACUACCUCCUCCUCCCCCACCCCCACCUACGUUACCCAGUCAGGCGAAGGGUAAGGCUCCGGGAGGUUAUCACGGUCGGCGGACUGCAGCGACGGCAACCCCUGCGCUUGAAAAGGCGCAACCUGGGAAGUGUGAACGCGCUUCAGCGAAGCGCGCCCGACUGGACGAAACCAGGUCUCCCAGGGGGGAAGCCAAGCGUGCAAAAACCGACGUGAGGCCAAAGCGGACGAUGAGCUACGCGGAUGCGAGUCAAUCGCAUCUGCAGAUAGCGGUGACCACCGUCCCGCCGAGGGACCUCACUAUGAGCCAAGCGGAGCGGAUCCGUAUUGCUAUCGAUGAUAGAAUCACGGAUACUGCUCUAACCCCAGGCAUGCAUGCUCCGUCAUUGCGCGGUCGUCCCUAUCUUUAUGAGGGGGCUUUCGCGUUUUGGUGCGAGGAUGCAAGGUCCCGCGAAUGGCUGGAGAACCAGGUGAAAUCCAUUCCCUCACCUAUCCCGGACACAACCCUGACAGUUGUAAAGCUGUCAGAAGUAAGGAGGAAACUGAGAGCGGGACUUCUCCUACACAGCCACAUUACCGACCCGGUGACGCUGCAAAAGGUUAUCAGUAACCAAAACCCCUGGUACAAGGUGGACACCUGGCAGUGCAUCAGCGCCUCGGUGACAGAGGGAGCAGAAGAAGCGGAGGAAGGUCUGUCGUCUAGGUACAAAGUAGUGUACCUGGUCCUGGGGAUCCCUGAGGACCAAAAACAGACCAUCCUCGAUAGAGACCGUCGGGUAUCACACCUGUCUGGUGGUGGCUACAUCAGAUUCUUCAGUAGCAAGGAGGAAGAAUCGGAGGCCACCACCACAACCACAGCAGCGACGAAGGAGACGUCGACCCCUGAGCCUUCCACCUCAGCUCCCCAUCAGGGUCAGAGCGAGUUGGAAAAAGCCUCGCCACUAAAGACGGAAGGAGGGACCAGCGAAGACGAAGAUGGCCUCCUCAACAGUCCCUAAGUCCACCAUCGACGUCAUACAAACAAACCUCCAGCACAAACAAAUAGCGGCGGCGUCACUACGCAGGGUGCUGGAGGUAAAUAACAAUAGGACCGUCGCCCUGAUCCAAGAGCCCUGGAUCAGAAACAACAAAAUCUGCGGCCUAAACAACACAGGAGUUCUGUUCCAGAGAUGUCACCGCAGUGAAAACCGUGACAGAACAACAAACCCUAGUGCUAGCCUCAGUGUAUAUGCCAAGUGAGGAUGCAGUUCCCUCACAAGAACUCACCGCACUGGUACAACACUGUAGAGAGCAGGCCUGGGGCUUGAUCAUCUCCGCAGACUGCAACGCACACCACCCGCUGUGGGGAAGUACGGAUACAAACAAAAGGG